AUGAUACCAGAGCCUUCAGCUGCUGCUUCAUCCAGGUCCUCAAAACAAAACACUAAUGGUCACACAGAGGGAACCAGCUCUGCAGCUGUCAUUCAUCCAGAGGACGACUCUGGGAGUGAAAACAGGCAGAAGACUAAGCGGCGGCGAAGAUCUCGCAGUGUGUUCGAGAAUGACAAGAGUCAAAGGGCCAUGGCCGGCUGCAGUGGCAUUAGCAGAGCACAGGGCAGACGUGUCAAACAGAAACACGUGGAGGCUGUCACCCUGUUCGAGGUGAUGACCCUGGGCAGAAGGGCUGUAGAGGUGGUGAUUGAUGACUGGAUUGAGGCAUAUUUGACAGACAGAGACUCUUCUCUCCUCGACCUCAUCAGCUUCUUCAUCCAGUGCUGCGGAUGCAAAGGUGUGGUCACAGCAGAGAUGUGUCAGAGCAGAGAGGACAGAGAUGUCAGGAGUAUGAUGGUCGAGGAGCUCGAUGAGGGUGCUGGUCUGCAGUACAAGAGGUUUCUGGCCUUUCCAUGGAUCCUCACUGUCACAUGGCCCAUGAAUGCAGACAGUGCAGAGUAUCCCCUCGUGCAGUCUGGACCAGCCGCUCGCUGGUUUCACUCCGAGUUCAGUGACUUUGUGUCGGUGCUGGUGACUCGGUGUCAGCACAGCGUCAUCUUUGACAGCUACCUGAUGAGCAGCCUGAUCUUGCUGUUCUCCGAGCUGUCGGACUCAUACGUGCGAGCUUUCAGACACACGUGCACACUCGCAGCAGUGAAGAUGGUGAGCGCUCUGGUGACCGUGGCUGUGAGCCUGAACGUUGGGGUUGAAAACAGCCAGAAACUGUACGAGGUGCAGAGGACCAAGAGCUCCAGGCAGAAAAGCUCACAGCAGUUGGACAGAAUCCAGAAAAAGCUUGCAGAGUUGCAGGAAAAGCGAGCGGAGAUAGAGAGCAUGAUGGACGCCAUCUUUAAAGGUGUCUUUCUGAAGAGAUAUCGUGACAUGCUUCCAGAAAUCCGUUCCAUGUGCAUGGAGGAGUUGGCUUCAUGGAUGAAGCUCUACAGCUCGGCAUUUCUCAACGACACUUACCUCAAGUACAUGGGCUGGAUGAUGCAUGACAAGAUACCUGAUGUGCGUCUGAAGUGUGUGUUAGGUCUGCAGGGUCUGUACAGCAACCCCGCUUUACUGCCAAAACUGAAUCUGUUCACCAGCUGCUUCAAGGACCGUCUUGUGUCCAUGACGCUGGAUAAGGACAAUGAGGUGGCAGUCCAAACCAUGAAACUGCUGCUACUCAUUUCCAAAAUGUGUGAUGAUGUUCUCACUGAGGAAGACUACAAGCAGCUGCUCCGGUUUGUUUACUCGUCCCAUCGGCCUCUUGCAGCCACUGCAGGGGAGCUACUCUUCUCGAGGAUUCUUGCUGCUUCAGCCACCGCCUCUGAUAUCCAGGAUGAAAUGAGUGAGGAGGCCCAUAUAUGCCAAACCUUUGCCAGAUUUAAAGUUUUACUCCAGUUUUAUCAGGAGUCUGAGCUGCACGAGCAUGUGGUGUACCUAGUGGACAGUCUGUGGGACUGUGGGGGAGCUCUGCUGAAGGACUGGCCCUCGUUCACAGCUGCACUGCUGCAGAACCCCUUCUCCUCACACAACACAGGUUUCACAGCAGCAGAACAUGCAGUGAUCGUAGAGAUUCUGGUUGCAGCGGCUCGUCAGGCCUCAGAGGGACCAGUGCUGGCUGGGAGGACUGGAACCAAGAAGGUGAUGAGUGUCAGAGAAAAGAAAAGUCAAACUGAUGACUGUCUGCAGCUCACUGAACAUCUCCUCGUGGUGCUUCCUCGCUUAAUCUCCAAGUUUUCAUGUAGCAGUGACAUUGUUGCUUCCCUAAUGAAGAUUCCUCAGUUCUUCAUCUCAGAUUGCUCCGAGGCUGAACACACACAGAUGGUUUUCAGUCUGAUGGCAGAGAUGGCAGCUGUUUUGGACCUCCACCCGACCACUGCCGUCCUGGAGGCGGCAGCCUGCACGUACCUCAGUCUGUGUAGCGAGCAAGCAGCGUGGUGCUCCGAGGCUAAAACUGCACGAGACUCUCUGGUCCAGCGCUGGGUGGACCAGCUGACAGAGCUGCUGGGGGAAUCGCUCAGGGAUGAUGUUUUUUCUGCUGAUGAGGAGAAAAACAGAGAAAUUGUUGCAACGCUAAAGAAACUCAGAGCAUUCCACAACUGUCAUGACCUCGGUCAGUGGAGUCUGUUCGACCUGCUGUCUCCUCUCCUGACUGAGGAGAGCCGACAAGGAGGAGCUCCACCUGAGAUGCUGGAGGAAGUGCUGCGGUGCUUGUCUUUCACCAUGCUCUGGUCUCUUAACACAAGCAGUGAAACUCUAACCUGCAGAGAAACGGCCAUGGUCCAGAAACUCCAGCUGCGCCUGUUUUGUGAGAAGAGCCAUCAUUACCUUUCCCAUUGCGAGCUCAGUGUGAGGCUUCAGGCGUUUCUGGGUGUGUGUGACGUCCUGAUGGCUCAUUCAUACCAGCUGCAGGUGUGGGAUCCCACCUGCUUUGGCACACUGCUGUACACACCCAGUCCUAAACUGCAGAGGGCGCUGUUGGCUUUUGUGUCCUCACACGUUUUUGUGGGCCUGGACUGUGACAGUCAGAGUAGAGCGUGCGAGAGCUCUGAAGUGGUGCGGCUGCAGAACCUUCACAGAAGAAGGAACGUGCUCGCAGCUUACUGCAAACUUGUCGUGCGCGGAGUGCUGGAAAUGAGUGCGGCGGCGGACGUCUACAUGCACUACAUGAAGACCUACAGUGAGUUUGGAGACAUCAUGAAGGAGACCAUGAGCAGGACGAGGCAGGUCAAUAAAAUGGAGAGCGCUCGUACGCUGGCGCUGUGUCUGCAGCAGCUGUUUGUGGCACUCAGGCGGGAGCAAGAGAGCAGCAGCAGGGCUCAGCCAGAAGUCCAGACGUUCAGCAGCAUCAAGGAGCUGGCCAGGAGGUUCGCCCUCACGUUCGGAGAUGUGGUCAAGUUUCGUGAAUGUGUCGUCAUGAUCCACAGGAACGGUAUAGAGUUUGUGUUCCAAGAAUCCCUUCAGGCUCCAGAUGCCGCUGCACCAUUGUACCUCUCCUACCUGACCAUCCUCAGCGAGUUCUCCAGCAAGCUGCUCAAACCAGACAAGAAGACGGUGUUCUCCUACCUCCAAAAACACACUGCAGAGCACAUUAUUGACCUAAGGGAGGAGCUAUGGCAACCUCUCCUCUACUAUCGCGUGUCUUUAUUGGCCGUGGCUGAAACGGAGGAUGCAGCGUCAUACAUCAGCUCAGACAAGAGGCCCUAUCUGCACAACCGCACUUCUUUUUGCAAACAAAAACAAGAAGGUAUCAAGUCUCCCAGUCAGUUUCAUCCUGCUGACGUUAGUAAAGUUCCCAAACUGAGCACUGGUCCAAGUCUUCAGGAGAAAAUAAGCAAUGUGGAUCCAUCCCCCGUUCCUCUUGAGCUUCCUAGAAGAAGCUUAAACACGGAGGAAUCUGUCCUCAGCAUCGGCAGCGAGCCAGAUGACGGCACGGUGGAGGUCGAGCUGUAG